AUGGAUCCACCUGCUGCUCAUCAAGAAUUCAAAUCCAUGAUGGUUGGUUUGAACAACUGCAGGAUUUGUCAUGCCCUCCGUGCUAAUCCAGUCAUCCACAAAGACUUAAUCACUGAAUUUUGGAUAAAUGCUUCAAUCAACAAGCAAGGAGCAGAUGGAGCUGGUGUUGUCGAAUCAAUGGUGAAGGGAACUCAAGUAAUUGUUUCUGAUCAAAGGUCGUCUGAUACUUUGGACAUGAAAGCUUUGGGUCCCAACACCUUUGGACUCAUGAAGCAAUCAAGAAAAGCUAUCAAAGUUGCCUAUCAAGGGUUGAAGGAGUUGGUUAAAAAGUUUGUUGAAGUUGAAAACACUCUUGCUGCCAGUUCCAUUAAUGCUGAGAUUGCCAAGGAACAUGUGGCACCUACACCAAAAUUUCAAUAUGCAUUCGAAGAUGUUGAAAUAUCUGAUGAAGAAGAGGAAGAGGGUUAA